CGGAGGGAGCGGGAGCGGCGGCGGCGGCGGCGCGAUGAACCUGGAGCUGCUCGAGUCCUUCGGCCAGAACUACCCCGAGGAGGCUGACGGGACCCUGGACUGUAUCAGCAUGGCUCUGACGUGCACCUUCAACCGCUGGGGCACGCUGCUGGCCGUGGGCUGCAACGAUGGGCGCAUCGUCAUCUGGGACUUCCUGACGCGCGGCAUCGCCAAGAUCAUCAGCGCCCACAUCCACCCUGUGUGCUCCCUCUGCUGGAGCCGCGAUGGGCACAAGCUGGUCAGCGCCUCCACCGACAACAUCGUGUCGCAGUGGGACGUGCUGUCCGGGGACUGUGACCAGAGGUUCCGCUUCCCCUCGCCCAUCCUCAAGGUCCAGUACCACCCUCGGGACCAGAACAGGGUGCUGGUGUGCCCCAUGAAGUCGGCCCCGGUGAUGCUGACCCUGUCUGACUCCAAGCACGUGGUGCUGCCCGUGGACGACGACUCCGACCUCAACGUGGUGGCCUCGUUCGACCGCCGCGGGGAGUACAUCUACACUGGCAAUGCCAAGGGCAAGAUCUUGGUCUUAAAAACAGACACUCAGGAUCUUGUUGCUUCCUUCAGAGUGACCACAGGGACCAGCAACACCACGGCCAUUAAAUCCAUCGAGUUUGCCCGCAAAGGGAGCUGUUUCCUGAUCAACACGGCCGACCGCAUCAUCCGCGUGUACGACGGGCGGGAGAUCCUGACCUGCGGCCGCGACGGGGAACCCGAGCCCAUGCAGAAACUGCAGGACCUGGUCAACAGGACCCCCUGGAAGAAGUGCUGCUUCUCGGGGGACGGCGAGUACAUUGUGGCGGGCUCGGCGCGGCAGCACGCGCUCUACAUCUGGGAGAAGAGCAUCGGCAACCUGGUGAAGAUCCUGCACGGGACCCGCGGAGAGCUGCUCCUGGACGUGGCAUGGCACCCGGUGCGGCCGAUCAUCGCCUCCAUCUCCAGCGGGGUGGUUUCCAUCUGGGCUCAGAACCAAGUGGAAAACUGGAGUGCUUUUGCCCCUGAUUUCAAGGAGCUGGAUGAAAAUGUGGAAUAUGAGGAGAGGGAAUCAGAAUUUGAUAUUGAGGACGAGGAUAAGAGCGAGCCAGAGCAGACAGGUGCAGAUGCUGCAGAGGAUGAGGAGGUGGAUGUGACCAGCGUGGAUCCCAUCGCCGCCUUCUGCAGCAGCGACGAGGAGCUGGAGGACGCGCGGGCGCUGCUGUACCUGCCCAUCGCCCCUGAGGUGGAGGACCCCGAGGAGAACCCGUACGGGCCCCCGCCCGAGGCCGUGCCCGGGGCGCUGCCCGACGACGCCCUGGGCCCCGACAAGAAGCGGCCCGGCUCCUCGGACGGGCCCCAGAACCCCAAGAAAAAACCCAAAACCACCAACAUCGAGCUGCAGGGAGUCCCCAAUGACGAGGUGCACCCGCUGCUGGGCGUGAAGGGCGACGGUAAAUCCAAGAAGAAGCAGGCGGGCAGGCCCAAAGGAUCAAAAGGUAAAGACAAAGAUUCUCCAUUUAAACCGAAACUCUACAAAGGGGACAGAGGUGCUUUACCUCUGGAAGGAGCAGCCAAGGGUAAAGUGCAGGCGGAGCUGGGCCAGCCCCUGACAGCAGGUGGUGCAAUCUCAGAGUUGCUAUGAAGACUCUCCCCUCCCUCCCUGUCUCCUUUCCUCCCUUGGCUCCCCAGUGGUGGAAAGUGCUGGAAUUCCCAGGCAGGACUGGCACAGACUGAAUUCCAAGGAUUUCAGGGAGUGAUUUGGGGCAGGAAUGACUCUGCAAGAGGGAGCAGCUCCAUCCGUGGAUCAGGCUGGGACUGAGCUCCAGCCUGGGAUUUUUGGGGACAAAUCCCUGUCCCAAAGUGACCUGAGCCCCUUCCCUGCCACUCCAGAGCCUCUCCACCUUUUAUCUCCCAAAAUCUCUCAGCAUUCCUGGACGGAAGAACAGCCCAGAGUGUGAGUUUGGAUUCCUGACUGUCUCCUGCCUCCUUUUCCAGCUGGGAAUUCCCAACUCUCUGAGCCUGGCUUUUCCCAGGGCACAGCUGCUGAUCCCAGCCCAGAUUUUCAGGAAUUUGCAAUUCCUGAGGCCCCUCUGGAAUCUGCCUUGGUUUUGUGUUUGUUUUUCCCAUUCUGCCAGUGGCAGAAGGAGCAGCUUUAGAUAAAAAAAGUCAUUUUCCAAUGUUUUUUUUUUUUUCCCAGCCUGUGAUUCCCAAAGCUCUGCUGGAGUUUCUUCCUGUCCUUUCCAAUGGUUUUGUUCUUUCUCUUCCCUGGGAAUUUCUCCUCCAGGAAUAUCCAGGCUCCUCCUUGGUAAACAAAAAACAAUUUUUUUUUUGUCAGAACUGAAGAAGAACUUUUCCAAAGGGUUUCUGUUUUCCCAUUUCUGGGUUAAAACAGAAACUGGGAGAUCAUUCCCAACUUUUAUUCCUUCAGGAAUUCCUGUAGGAAUGGGAAUGGCAUUUCCCUGUCCCACACCAACAUCCUGAUCAAAGGAAAUUUCAUUCCUAAAUCCCUUUUUUUUCCUCCAGACUUUGGAGUUUCAUUGCUCUCAGUGUUCCCCCAGGUGGAAUUAUUGGGAUUAUCAGGAGCUAUUUAAAUUUCCUGCAGACAUGAAAAGCAGGAAGGGAGCUGGAGAAAUGACAGAUUUGCAGCCAGAACUGUGCAGGUGUAAAAAUGAGGAGAAAGAAAACAUUUGGAAAUCAGAGGUUUUGAAAUUUUUCAAAACUUGAUGUUUUCAUUCCCACCUUUGGGGACAUUUGGGGAAAUUUAUGACCACGAGUGUAAAAUUCCUUUUUUUUUUUUUUUUUUUUUUUUUGUUCUUUUUGCUUGUGGGGUGACUCUGCUGUGCCAAACCCACCCUGGCUGCUGGGCCUGACCCCCAAAUUAAAAAAGCCCAGGCCAAGGUUCUGCAGGUUGGGUUAAAGCAUUGAAUGCCCCCAAACUCAGCUUCCCCUCUGUACAGUGUAAAUGCCUUUGUUUAUUCCCACCCUUCUUUUAUUUCCUGCUUUAUUCCCAUCUUUAUUUCCUGCUCUGUUCCCAUCUUUAUUUUAUUUCCAUCCUUCUUUUAUUUCCUGGUUUAUUCCCAUCCUUAUUUUAUUUCCCAGUUUGUUUCCAUCCUUAUUUUCUGUCCUGAUUAUUUCCCAUCUUUAUUUUAUUUCCUGUUUGUUCUCAUUUUUUUUUCCCUGGUUAUUCCCAUCCUUAUUUUAUUUUAUUUCCUGCCUUAUUCCCAUCUCUGUUUUAUUUCUCACUUUGUUCCCAUCUUUAUUUUAUUUCCUGCUUUAUUCCCAUCCUUAUUUUAUUUCCUGCUGUAUUCCCAUCCUUAUCUUCUUCCCUGGUUUAUUCCCAUCCUUGUUUUAUUUCCUGGUUUAUUCCCACCCUUAUUUUAUUUCCUGCUGUAUUCCCAUCCUUAUCUUCUUUCCUGCUUUAUUCCCACCCUUAUUUUAUUUCCUGCUUUGUUCCCAUCCUUAUUUUAUUGUAUUUCCUGUUUUAUUCCCAUCCUUGUUUUAUUUCCUGUUUAUUCCCAUCCUUAUUUUAUUUUAUUUUAUUUUAUUUUAUUUUAUUUCCUGAUUUAUUCCCACCCUUAUUUUAUUCCCUGGUUUUGUACAAUAUUGGAGCAGCUCCUGCAGCGGUGGUGGUUCUGUGUUUGUAAAUAAAGAGGUACC